AUGUAUCACAAAAAACCACAGCGCCGAAUCGGCAAGCGACGCGUCAAAGGCCCCAAAGGCAUGACCGUCAACACGGUUGAGAUGGCGACGUCUCGCUCCGGGUCUCUGUCGCGCGCUCAGACAGAAACACCGUCUCGGACGCCCACGCCCACGGAAAUCUCCCACGACCUCGGCUUGCGAGAACUCGAAGAACGCGCCAAGGAUGUGCGUGAGUCUUGCUGGACACAUGACUCUCUCUUUGAAGACGCCGUCGACGGCAUCCCCUCAGACACCAAAUUCGCCGCUGACGAUCCCACCGCCUGCUCGCCAGCCGAGGCCUACCACCUUCGCCAGCUGCUGCGGACCAUCGGUCCCCGCGAGUUCUGCCUGCGCACAGUCGAUUCUGGUCGGUAUACGGCGAAACGCCUGCUCACGGCCUUUAACAUCCGUGCCCCGGCUUUUCUCGACGGCGCCCCCGAGGAGGCCUACACGAGCAUGCUGACGCUCGCCUUCAGCCGUGAGCUGGCCAAGCGCGCCAAGCUGCCGUCGCACAACUCACUCGACGACGCCGUCGCCCUGCUGACCCGCUCCCGCAACAUCAUGGUCAUUACGGGCGCCGGCAUCUCAACAUCGCUCGGCAUCCCCGACUUCCGUUCCAAGAAGACGGGACUCUACGCCCAGCUGGAGCACAUGGGCCUCGCCGUGCACGACCCGCAGGAGGUCUUUGACAUUAACGUCUUCCGCGACGACCCCACCAUCUUCUACACGGUCGCCAAGGACAUCAUUGUGAACACGGACCGCUACUCGCCGACGCAUGCCUUCAUCGCCAUGCUGGACCGCAUGGGCAAGCUGCUCACCAACUACACGCAAAAUAUUGACAACGUGGAGGCCCGUGCCGGCAUCAACCCGGAUCGCAUCAUCCAGUGCCACGGCUCCUUCGCCACAGCCUCGUGCCUCGAGUGCGGCUACAACUGCCCGGGCGAGGACAUCUUCCCCGCCAUCCACGCCAAGCAGAUCCCGCGGUGCCCCAAGUGCGUCGCCCAGCUGCAGGCCGAGCGCGAGCAACAGCAACAACGCCGCCGCCGCCCGGGACGGCCCCCGAAGCGCGGCAACGCCGCCAAGCGACCCUACGCGCCGCGCCGGCGCUCCGGCCACGACAACCGGUCCGACGACUCGGACAUCGACGACGACAUCCCCCAGGGCGGCGUCAUGAAGCCCGACAUCACCUUUUUCGGCGAGGGCCUCCCCGACGCCUUUGGCCGCCGCCUCGCCGGCCACGACCGCGACCGCGUCGACCUCGUCCUCGUCAUCGGCACCUCGCUCAAGGUGACGCCCGUAUCCGAGAUUGUCUCGUGGCUGCCGCCCCACGUGCCCCAGCUCUGCAUCUCGCUCGACCCCAUCAACCACAUCAACUUUGACAUUGACCUGCUCGGCCAGUGCGACGUUGUCGUCGCCGAGCUGUGCCGCCGCGCCGGCUGGGACCUGCGCCACGACAUGGUGCCCCAGGGCCAGGCCGUCGACGUCCACACCGAGCCCGGCUUCGAGCACCGGCACCGCUUCACCCAGGUCUACCCGGCCGCCAAGAGGUCCGAGUCGCCCGUCGACCUGAAGCGGUCGUCAUAG